AUGGGAGGCUGCAGUGCAGGCUUAAGGAAACAAGGGGGCGCCACGUACAUUGCGCAGCCGCAGGGCCACCACUCGCAACAGCUGCCAUUGCCAACGGCCUUCGCCAGGGGCGCCACGUACAUUGCGCAGACGCACGCCCACCACUCGCAAGACCUGCCAUUGCCAACGGCCUUCGCCAGGGGCGCCACGUACAUUGCGCAGACGCACGCCCACCACUCGCAAGACCUGCCAUUGCCAGGGGCGCCACGUGCAUCGGCCAGCCUCGCAAGCCAAUGGACACAGGAAGGACCAGCAACAGCGCCCAUUGCCAAGAGCCUGCCGCACCUCCCACUGGGCUGGGCUACACGAUGGGCUUCGGAACUCCGCCUUCAGCCUCUCGCCCCGGGUGGCCUCUUAAGGAAGCACAACACACUUAGGACUGCCGAGCGCCGCCUUCCCACGUGGCUCCAGCUCCCCAGCCUUCAACACGGCAAGGGGCCUUCCCAAGGCCACAGAGCCGCUCCUUCGGAGCUGGCCCCACUCAGCCAUCGCUCGCAGGGGCUCCAUUCGGACGAAUGGAGCCGAGAGGAAGCAGUGGGGGGGCGCAUUUUCGGAGUGGGGGUCGCUGCUUUGGAGGCCAUAACUAACCCCCCGCCCAAAGCUAGCACCCCCCUCCCCAAAGACGCCCCCUCCUCGUCUUCCUUUAGGCUCACCGGAAACGUCCGUCUCCAUGGCGACGGCGUCGGCGCGCGCGCGGCCCUGGCUCCGCCUCUUCCUCCCCCUCCCGCGCCGAUGGGGGGAGGAGCAGGAUGCGGCUCGUCACUUCCGACUGCGGGCCCUUCCCGGCCGCCAUCUUGCGGUGUGGGGGGACACGGGGGGCCCGGGGGCCGCGGCAGGCCACUCGAUGGGAAGAUGCAGCGCUCGGGGCCGGGCGGGGCGGGGCCUGGCGCCGUGCUGGGGGCGGGGCCGGGGCGCGCGCUGCUGAGGCGGGAGCUGCGGCUGCUCGAGUCCAUCUUCCACCGCGGCCACGAGCGCUUCCGCAUCGCCCGCGCCUGCCCGGACGAGCUGGGCUGCGAGUUCCUGCCCGGCCCGGGCGGCGGCGGGCCCGUCCGUAUCCAUGGCAACAUCACGGAGUCCUAUCCGACUGUCCCCCCAAUAUGGUCUGUGGAAUCGGACGACCCCAACCUGGCGGCAAUCCUGGAGAGGCUAGCCGACGUGAAGAAAGGCAACACUUUGCUCCUGCAGCACCUGAAGCGGAUCAUUUCGGACCUCUGCAAACUCUACAACCUUCCCCAGCAUCCAGACGUCGAGAUGCUAGACCAGCCUCUGCCUGCAGAGCAGAGCACACAGGAAGAGGUGUCCUCCGAAGAGGAAGAUGAGGAGAUGCCAGAGGACACGGAAGAGCUCGACCACUAUGAGAUGAAGGAGGAGGAGCCGGCCGAAGGAAAGAAGGCGGAAGACGAUGGCAUCGGCAAAGAGAAUCUCGCCAUCCUCGAGAAAAUAAAAAAGAACCAGAGGCAAGAUUACUUAAAUGGGGCAGUGUCUGGGUCCGUGCAGGCCACCGACCGGCUAAUGAAGGAGAUCAGGGAUAUUUACCGAUCGGCAAGUUUCAAGGGCGGAAACUAUGCAGUUGAACUAGUGAAUGACAGCCUGUACGACUGGAAUGUCAAACUCCUGAAGGUGGACGAGGACAGUGCUUUGCACAGCGAUCUACAGAUCCUCAAAGAGAAAGAGGGGUCGGAUUUCAUCCUGCUGAACUUCACUUUUAAGGACAACUUCCCCUUCGACCCGCCCUUCGUAAGGGUCGUGUCUCCUGUCCUGUCAGGAGGGUACGUCCUGGGCGGAGGAGCCAUCUGUAUGGAACUUCUAACCAAACAGGGCUGGAGCAGCGCCUAUUCGGUGGAGUCCGUGAUCAUGCAGAUCAGUGCCACGCUGGUGAAAGGAAAAGCCAGGGUCCAGUUUGGGGCCAACAAAAACCAGUACAGCCUGACGAGAGCUCAGCAGUCCUACAAGUCCUUGGUCCAGAUCCACGAGAAGAACGGCUGGUACACGCCCCCCAAGGAAGACGGCUAGCACAGGGAUAGCCCACCAGGCAGCCACGGACCAAUCUCGGCUCCCCUGCCGGAUGCUGCGCUCGAAACCAUCAAGGACACCGGCUCUUCCCAGCCCCCGGGAAAAGGACUCCCACCGCCCGUUUUGCAAGACUAUUGCGAGCAGCUUCCGCCAGACUUUUGACGAAAUUCUAAAACUGUCGUGAGCGGACGGGCCACGGAGCUCCGGGGCCUCGCUUGGACCCGGCUGGCAGGGCACCUGGCAGCCAGUAACUCUUAUUAAACCACACACACACACGCGCGCAGAAACGAAACUAUUGAUUCUCUUGUAUCGCUGGAAGCUUCCGGCUCUGCUGCAGUCCAGAGCACCUCCGCCUCUCCCUCUGCUAUGGAUUUAAUUUAUUUUCUUAUUUUCAUGUACACUGCUUUUUUUUUUUCCUUUUGGUUACAGUGUAUGAUGGAUGUGUAUGGGGAAAAUGUAUCUUUGGAGAACAAUUACAUUUGUUAAUUUGAA